AGGUGUGCGGGGCGGGACGGGACCCCCAGCGCCGGGCCGGGACCGGGGCUGCGGGACGGGACGGGCCGGGACGGGCUGGCCAGGCCAUCCCCCAUCCCGGGCAGCCGCGGCACUGGGCGCCUUCCAAGACAAAGUCCGUCCCGUGCGCGACUGAGGCGGGGGGAGCCGGCGGCGGGAGAGCGUGAGGAGCUGAGCCCGAGCGGGGCCGGGGACGCGGGGGCUGGUCCUGAUCCCCGGGGGCUGCGGGACACCGGUCCGGGAUGCCCCCGGAGCCAGUCCUGGAUGCCCGGGGCCGGUUCUGUUGUAGGGAGCUGGGUUUGGGUGUCUCUGGGGAUGGAGUCGUGAGGGGAUCGGAGGGCAAUCCUGCAUCCCUGGGGCAGGAUCUGCGCUGGGGAGCCGGUCCCGGGCGUCUCCGGGGAUCGGGUUGCGCUGCUGACCCUGGGCUGGUGGGAUACAGGAUGCUCUGGGUGUCACGGUGAAGCUGUCCCAGGCUGCUGGGGACUGUGGAGUUGGCCGCCCCAAGACCCUCGUGUUGGGCUUCAGAAAGGGGGUGCUGGCACUGUCCAGUUGUCCGGGGGUCAUAGUCUGCAUGGCUGGCUGGGGGCAGGGUGUCAGGAGAUGGCACUGACUUGUCCCGGCUCCAGUGGUCUCCGUGUCCCACAGGUCCCUUUGCAGAGCAUCGCCUCAGCCGAGCUUCUCUGCAGCGCUCAGGCUCGGUCUGCCCAGGCGCCUGGGCCAGGCUGGCCCCAGCAAGAGGCGAGAGAGCCCGCAGCCUCUGCCUCCCGCCUGGGAGAGCUGGAUCCCCCGUGCUUGAUGGGGGGCCCAGGCCAUAAAUGCCCCUUUACAUCUCGCCUGUGAGGUCAGGCGAGUCCACAAGGAAAACAUGUGCUUCCAGCUAGAGGGGCCGCAUAAUGGCUCCAUUCAGCAGGGCCACAGGGCGCUGGUGCCCCCUCCUCAAAUUACAGCCGGCGUUUCCUAAGGAGGCAUUUUGGGAGGCAGAGCGGCCGCAGCUCCCAGCGGUGCUGCUCCCUGACAGCAGGGAUCCGUCCCUCCUCGGGGACGUGAUCUGCACAGCGAAGCUGCCACUGCAUCUUGGGUGGCAGAGGGAACGUGAGUAGUGUCCCCACCUUGUUCCUUGUGUGCUGCCCCAUGUGCGGGGGGUGGGGUGCCCGGCUUCUCCCGCAUGCAGAAGGACCCCCUGAUCCCCACUGGAUGAAGCUGGGGAGGUGCUGCCCCAGCGCCACAGGGCCCGCACUCACUCACUGUGCCACCCCUGGGUGCCACGGGCUGUGAAAGAGGCACUGGCUGUUGAGUGGGACAGGUUGCUUGUGUCCAUCCUCUGGCAGGACCGGGGCCUGCAGGCAGCCUAGGGGCUGGGCAUGGUGGUGCAGAGACAGUCCCUAAGAAGCUCAGAUGAGGUUUGCAUCAUUUCCUAUCCCUCACCCUUCUGCAAGCCCUUCUUCGCUCUGCACCCACUCACUCAGCACCUGCCCCCAUCAUUGCUGUGUACACUUGAUGUGGACCACCCUCCAUGUGUCACCAUCCAAACCCACCCCGGUGGCCCCAAGGCCCUGGUGCUGCAGAUACUGGGGCUAGGGGCAGUGGGACUGGAGAUGGCUUUGGGAGGAGGUCCCAGUGCCCUCCAAGGCUGUUGGAGCUUGCUGGACCCUUACCUCUGCAAAGCCCCUCCAGACAUCCUGUGGGAAUGUCACCAUGGGUUUCAGAGGGCUCAGGAUUGUGUGACUUCUUGUCACCUGGCUCCCAAGUAGAAAUUCAAGGAAUAAUUUAGGGUGCAAGAAAAGGGCAUAUUUGGGGCUCUUUGGGGUUUUGUGUUCUAAAUUCAACUUGUCCUUAAAUUUGAAGUUCUUUUAUAACUGUUUUCUCACUGGUAUGACCAAAGGUGCCAGUGGUGACAGCCUGGACAGUGCUUUGACCCUGUCCUGCUCUCUGGCUACCACUCUCUUUUCCUUUGGUCUUUAAUUUUAUUUCUCUGUCCAAAGGGGUUCUAUUUAUACCCAUGAUCCUAUUCCUGCCUGCCCUGGGGAUGUCUGUCUGUCUGUCUGUCUGAGCCCUGAGGCUGGCGUCAGGGAGCUGCAGCUGGCAUCAGCUGGGAAGUGCCAUGCCUGGGCCCCAGUUAUCCCAGGAACACUGUGUGCCAGCUGGGUGGCACAAAGGAAGAUGAGCACUGGGGUGAUGCUUGGAAGGAGCAGCAGGGUGGGGAUGGAGAAGCCCUGGGCAUGGGGAAGGUGCCAGUGGUUCUCUGAGCUCCAGAAGUGUGCUGGGAUGGAGCUCCUUUGCAGCUCCAUCCGCUGGCUUGGGCUGGAUGCUCUCACAUGGGACCACAUGCAGCAGCUCCCAGCUGAGCCCCAGAGUCUUGCUCCUGCUUCCAGGGGUGUGAGCCUGCUCCUCACUGUCCAGGGCAGGCUGUGCUGCUCUGACUGAGGAGCCACCCCUCCUGCCUCAGAGGCCUCUCUGUAGCCAUUGGCAAAGUGAUUUCCAGGAGCAGUGUAGGAUACUAAUCCAUAAGAAAAAUAUUCUACCUGUGUGAAAAGCCUGGGACCAUUAGCUGAGAUCCCAGGAGGAAUCAGCAGGAGCAGGACGUGGCUAUGGGCCAGGGGCAAGCCUGGCAUGGAGAACUAGUCCCAGCAGGUGACAGCUCCAGCUCUGCACGCAGCCCACUCCUUUUCCUCCACAUCAGCUGAGGUCUCAAGCCCUGGCCACAGCUCAGAGGCAGCUUUUCAUUGUUUUUUCUCGCAGCAUUUGUCGUGCUUUGAAGGAAAGAAAGUAUUUGCAGAGUGGAUGUUUGCAGUGCCAUGUCCGUGUGCGUCAGGAGCGAGCUUUUAAACACAUCUCUCAGAUAUCCUUUUCCAGUGGUCAGGGGGCACAUGGAGCAAGCCCUUUGUCAAGGAGCUGAGGCCAUGGAACACCUUUUAGGCCCACACCCUGAUGAGCAUUGGUGACCUGCAGCCAGCACGGACCCUCUGUGGGCUGGCUGUGCUGGGACCAGUCCAGCUCCUCGGUUCUCGUGUGCUGCCUGGGAUGGAGGCAACAAGGGAGCGAGUGUUUAAUAGGGAUUUCUAUAAUAUCCUCCACCGUAGGUCUAACUACUCCCAGCUGUGUGCGAGGGGAACUUCACCUGCAAGGAGAACGAGGUGUGCGUCAGGCCUGGCGAGUGCCGCUGCCGCCACGGCUACUUUGGUGCCAACUGCGACACCAAGUGUCCCCGGCAGUUCUGGGGUCCCGACUGCAAGGAAAUGUGCACCUGCCACCCCAACGGGCAGUGUGAGGAUGUGACCGGCCAGUGCACCUGCAACCUCAACCGCUGGGGCUCCAAGUGCGAGAACAUCUGCCUCUGCAAGCACGGCAAGUGCGACCAGAAGACGGGCAAAUGCACCUGCGAGCCCAACUGGUGGGGCCCGCAGUGCUCCAGCUCCUGCUACUGCAGCCACAACUCCCAGUGUGACCAGCAGACAGGCAACUGCCUGUGCCAGCCCGGCUGGUGGGGCCGCGGCUGCAACAACCAGUGCUCCUGCAACAACUCGCCCUGCGAGCAGUUCACGGGGCGCUGCCAGUGCCGGGAGAGGACCUUCGGGCCGCGCUGCGACCGCUACUGCCAGUGCUACAAGGGCAAGUGCAACCAGGUGGACGGGACCUGCACCUGCGAGCCGGGCUACCGUGGCAAGUACUGCCGCGAGCCGUGCCCGGCCGGCUUCUACGGCCAGGGCUGCAGGAGGCGGUGUGGGCAGUGCAAGAGCCUGCAGCCGUGCACUGUGGCCGACGGGCGCUGCCUGACGUGUGAGGCGGGCUGGAACGGCACCAAGUGCGACCAGCCCUGCUCGCCCGGCUUCUACGGAGAGGGCUGCGAGAAGCUCUGUCCCCCUUGCAAGGAUGGCCACACCUGCAAUCACAUCAAUGGCAAAUGCUCCCACUGCAAUCCGGGCUGGAUCGGAGACCGGUGUGAAACCAAGUGCCGGAACGGGACAUACGGGGAGAACUGCGCCUUCGUCUGCAGCGACUGCGUCAACGGCCAGUGCCACUUCGAGACCGGGCAGUGCCUCUGCCACCCCGGCUCCCACGGCACAUACUGUAACCUGACCUGCCCUCCUGGACGCUACGGAGCCAACUGUGCCGAGGUCUGCGGCUGCCACGAUGGUGCCUGUGACCCCCUGACGGGUGCCUGCCACAUGGAGGCCAACCAGAGGAUGGGGGUGAUCGGGGCAGGGGCCCUCAUGGCGCUGCUGCUGAUCCUCCUGCUCUCCCUGCUCUGCUGCUGCUGCGUCUGCCGCAAGAAGGACGAAGCCAGCGGCUCCAGCCAGGACCCGGCAGCAGCCAAAAAGCCUCCAAGACGUUUGUGUGGGCGGUUCAGCCGGAUCGGGAUGAAGCUCCCACGCAUCCCCCUGCGCCGCCAGAAGCUGCCCAAGGUCAUGGUGGCCCACCAUGACCUGGAAAACACCCUGAACUGCAGCUUCAUCGAGCCACCCUCCAUGGUGGAACAGCCUUCCCCAUCCUGGUCCUCCCGCGGCUCCUUCUCCUCCUUUGACACCACAGACGAGGGGCCCGUGUACUGUGUCCCCCACGAAGAGAGCAUGGGUGACAGCAGGGACAGAGGGACACCUGCCAGUCCCGGGGACAAGCUGGUGGCCCCAGUCAGCGGGGAGGAAGCAGGAGAAUACACGUUCCUGAAGGAGACGGGCUCUGUCAGAGCCUUCCCGACCGACAGCAGUGAGACCCCCCUGCUCAAGUCCUCGGACAGCGAGCGCUCCUCCUGCGGCUCGGGGUCGGCCGGCGCCGCGCUCUACGCCAGGGUGGCCCGCCUCUCCAAACAGUCCAGGGAGGAGGAGGAUGCUACCGUGGAGCCCCGCAGCCCCGGGAAGCCGCCAUCCCCGGAAAGGACCAAGCCCCGUCCCCCAGACCCGGCCACGAAGCCCAAAGUCUCCUGGAUCCACGGCAGGUACGGCUCCGGCCAGUCCAACUCGCUGCCGGCACCCAGCCAGUCCCCAGAGCAAGCGGCCGCCCGCUCCGGCAGCCCCGAGCAGAGCCAGGCUUUGGCGAAGAGGAAGAGGAGUCCGAGCGAGACGUCGGCCCACGUGCAGGGCAGGGCGGAGGAGAAGGGCGCCCGGAGCAAGGACAGAGCGCAGAAGCAGCCGAAGGAGCCCAGCGUCCCCGAGGGCAAGUCCGGCCUCUGCGGGGAGCCGCAGUCACCCUCCAAACCCAGGCAGAGGAGCAAGGCCGGCUCCGAGCCGAUGGAGACCAUCAACGGGGCGGUGCAGAACGCCUUCCGAAAGAUGGGUGCCUUCCAGCCGGAGCGGCGGGCCGGGGACAGCCGGGAUGCUCCGUGUAGCCCCGGCACCAGCAAGCCCCGCUCCGAGCCGCUGCAUCCCCAGCUGGCCUCCGAGCUGGCCGCCCAGCUGAAGGAAAAGACUCAAAGCCUCAACAAGGGGGACGGAGGCAUCCGGGCCAACGGGGUCGGCGCCCAGCGGGAGAAGCCCACCCCUCCACAGAAAGCCAAGCGCUCGGCGGCUGCCGGCAGCCAGAAGACCAACAAACCCUUGCUGCCCACCUCUCCCCAUCUGCAAAAACUAAUCCCUGCGGCGGCCGAGACGGCAGCCGGGGAGCCCAAGUGGAUGGAGAAGCCGAGUGCCUGCAGCGGCCAGGAUCAGACUCUCCCCACUGAGCAGACGGCCAAGAAAACCCCCAUUAAGAAGCCUCCCAGGAAGAAGAGCCGGGAAGCGAGCCUGGAGCCACCCAGGGCAGCUGCUGUGCCCGCUCAGGCGGUGCAGUGA